AGAGCCUUACGCGGCUACAACUUUCACCUACAGUUCCUUUGAUCACCGUGUCCUUGCUCAGCUCAGACUGAUACUUAUAGAGCAGAAUUUAAUCUUCUUUGUCAUCCAUAUUUCAAUUUUCAUCACCAAAACUCCCCAUGAUAUCUCCAAGCAAGCAUCCAGUUCUUCACUUCCAUAUUUCCACUCCUCUUCUUUUCAUCUUCUUCUUCUUCUUCUUUUUCUUCCUCAAUUAUCUUAAAUUCACAAAUGCCAACAAUAUCUUCCUUAAUUGCGGUACCUCUACGAACUCCAUUGGCCUUGACGGUCACGAAUGGACCGGUGAUUCUGGCACUGGCUCAAAAUUUAUUGCCUCAGAGCAAUCAAAUGACACCUCUAUAGUCUCAAAAUCAAUUAAAUUAGAAUCCUCUAUUGAUCCGGUUCCAUUCAGAACAGCUCGAAUUUUUCAGUCACCAUUCACUUACUCGUUCCGGGUUAGGCCACGCCAAAAAUUUCUACGCUUAUAUUUUAAUCCUAGGACUUACCAAGAAUUUCCAAGGUCUACAGCUUUCUUCAGUGUUACCGCUGGGCCUUUCACUCUUCUUAGCAACUUUAGUCCUUCUCUUACUGCUGAUUCUUUAGGCUUGCAAACUCUGGUGAAAGAAUUCUGUUUAAACAUAGAAGAAAACCAGGUUUUAAAUAUAACGUUUUCUCCUUCUUCAACUCCUUUGGGUGCUUAUGCUUUCAUAAAUGCGAUUGAGAUUGUCUCUAUGCCCACUAAUCUUUAUUAUGGAGGCUCAGGAGCUAGACGCAUACAUGGCUCUGGCUUGCGAAAUCGAUUUGCUGUUGAAAACAAUACAGCCCUUGAAAUGAUUCUCAGAUUAAACAUUGGUGGGGGUUCUAUUUUACCAGCAAAUGAUUCAGGCUUGUAUCGGGGAUGGUUAGAGGACAGUGACUACUUUCGCGGUUCAGGUGAUCGACUUGUCAAUGCAACUGUUCGAAUCAAAUACUUAAAAACUGCUCCUUACGUAGCACCUGCAAAUGUCUAUCAAACAGCCCGUUCUACAAACAAACAAAAAAGCCUUUCCUGGAAUAUGACUGUUGAUUCAGGGUUUACAUACUUGCUGAGACUUCACUUAUGCGAGCUCCAGCCAGAGGUCACAAAGCAUGGAAGCAGGAAGGUUCUUAUUAGUAUUAGAUAUGGAAAGACUGAGGCUGAGGCAGAUGUGAUCACUUGGGGCGCGGGCAGGGGAAUAGCUGUUUACAGAGACUACAUCGUCAAGGUGCCAAAUGUAGGAAAUUCUGGUAACGUUGAUCUUGUCAUAUCUUUGGGAAACAACACUAAGUUAAGAAAUCUAAAUUCUGAUCCAAUCCUAAAUGGUUUGGAGGUGUUCAAACUGAAUGACUCUGAAGGCAAUCUAGCCGGACCAAACCCUGGUUCCAGGACUGCAUCGAUCCCAAGUCCACUGGCCAACAAGCCUAAGGACAGAAAAUCAGCAUUCGUCAUUGGUUGGGCUACGCUGGCUGCUUUCAGUUUAAUCUUGCUAUCCGGUCUCACUAUAUUCUGUCUUUUGAGAAAAGGGAAAAGCAACGCGAAGGACAAGUCAGUGUCACCGAGGGGACCUUGUAGACGCUUUACAUUGGACGAGCUCCGAGCUGCCACCAACAACUUUGACAGAGAGCUAGUAAUUGGUAAUGGUGGUUUUGGUAGAGUUUUCAAAGGUUGCAUUGAUGGUGAAACUCCAGUUGCUAUAAAGGCCUUGAAGCCAACAUCAACUCAAGGUUCCAAUGAGUUUGAGGCAGAAAUUGAAAUGCUAUCCGAUCUCCGACACCCCUACCUUGUAUCACUGAUAGGUUACUGUGAUGAAGGGAUCAAGAUCAUUGUCUAUGACUACAUGCCUCGGGGAACCCUCCGGGAUCAUCUAUACAGCACUCAGGGUCCUCCGUUAUCAUGGAAACAAAGGCUUGAAAUCUGCAUUGGUGUUGCCCGUGGGCUUGCAUACCUCCAUGCCAAAAACCCCAAGAUCAUCCACAGAGAUAUCAAGCCAAGCAACAUUCUCUUAGACAAAAACUGGGUCGCCAAGGUUUCAGAUUUUGGUCUUUCAAGAUUAGGCCCAACAAGCUUAUCACGUAGCCAUGUCACAACUGGUGUUAAGGGUACCUUUGGAUAUUUGGAUCCGGAUUAUUUUCAGACUAACCACCUCUCAGUGAAAUCCGAUGUGUAUAGCUUUGGGGUAGUUUUAUUUGAGGUGUUGUGUGCUAGACCAGCCGUGGAUUUGAGGCAAGAUGAUGAACAACAAAGCCUGGCAGAGUGGGUUCGACAAUGCAUUAAAGCUGGCAAGCUUAAUAGAAUUAUCGAUCACAAUCUAAAAGGUGAGAUUGCUCCAGAGUGCUUGAAAAUGUACGCAAGUAUUGCUUUAAAGUGUCUGAAUGAUGAUAGAUAUAAGCGGCCUACAAUGGCUGCUGUGUUAAAGAGGCUUAAGCAUGCUUUGGAGUUGCAAGAGAGCACUGAUGCUGCUUCAGAUGAGGAAAUCAUGAGCAGCAAUGGCAUGGAGAUUGUGUUAAGACCAAACAACAAUUCCAAGGUGGUGAUUCAUUCCUGUCCAACAUUUUGGAACAAAACAAUUUCUCACAAGGAAUUAUUCAGGUUCGUAAGUGACAGGACAGGAAUGAAAUGGGCUAGACCACCAGCUCAAUGUGGUCUCAAGGCCCUGUGUUGUGCUGUUCCAGCUUAUGGGGCCUUGUCAUUCGGUGGCCGAAUGAGCAACUCAAGUGACUGCGGGCUUGAUGGAACACCAGGGAGGGUUAUGGAUCCAAUUUUACUGGAUGAUGAUGAUACUUUCAAGUUAUGAGCAUACGAAGUUGUAUUUGUCCUUUUUCUUUUUAUUGUGUGCAUAUACCACUAUUCGCUUUCACGUCUCACGUUUUAUAAAAAGUUUCAAUCUUAAGCUCGUACAAGGGCGGGCGACAAGAGUGUGGAAGACGUAAGAGUCAAAAGGAAGAGCCGUUUAACUGCUUCCUUUCUUUUUCCUGGCAACUUGCAGGGAAAGUAUCAAUAAUUGUGCCUUACAGAAAGAGGGAACUGAAGCUAUUGGGCCCUUUUUCAUGUUCUUCUUGUUUUGCUUUUCCUUUUUAUUUCGUUUGACUCGAACGUCGUUGUCGUUGGAAGCUUGUAAUUAAUAUGAAAGUGGACGCACACCAUCACAAAUUUCUC